GAGAUGGAAUCAACAGUGAAAAAGUAUCAGCAGAGAUUUAGAAAGGUCAAAGAAGAAAUGGAGAAAUGGGAUAAUUUUCAAUCCCGUUUAGUUUCUCAAUUUAGAAACGCUUCUUCAAUUAUCGACAGGUUACAGAUGAUCAGAGAGUCUAACAAUUACGGGAGCUUGAAUUGUGUUGGGGGCAUAGCAGAUGUUGUGAUGAGAAAGCAAAUGGAGUCUUUACAGACCAUAUUGAUUUCCAUAAAUAAGACACUGGACGAGUUUCAGGGUAUUGUUAUGAUUCUUGAGAGGAUGCAUAGGGAUGGUAAGCAGUUAGUUCAAGGGGGUGGUUCUAAUCAUCUGACUGCAAAACAAUUACAGCAGCGAGUUGGUAUCAAGCCGUGUCUCGCUGAUUGCUUGGACGGACUUAUGAUUCUUCGUGAUAUGCAUCGCUCAGAGUAUCUUCUUAAAUCAUCUCUGGUUUCAGCACUUCCGGCGCUCGUCUUGAAGCCCAGUUCAAGUGAUCUAGCUGCACUCCAGCAACUCUUGGUAGAUCAGCCUAAUAUCCCCAGAGAGGAAGUGCAAUUCAUCUUCGAUAUCAUCUUUGCUGAAGAGAUAUGUUAAUUUCUGUGCCUAUUGAGAAAGCUCUUACAUGCUGGGCACUUGAUAGCUGUGUGCAACUGCAAGAGUCUUGGUCCUGUGGAGGUUAUGCCAGCAAUGUGAAGGAGUGUACCUGCUUGGCUGCUUGAAGAAUUGCAUUUGUUGGGAGAUUUAUCUAAGCCCAGAAAAGAUUUUCAGAAGUGGCAAUGUUCUCAAUGCUCCCCAGAGGAAAAAUGAAAAAGAAAAGAGAAAAGGGACGCAAUAUUUACAGGGUCAUGGAUUAACCAACUCGUCUCUCCAAUUUAUUCAUACAACAGCAGCAUGUAUAUGAUUCCUGUGGUGCAGAGUGAAUUUCAAGUCUUUUGAUAGUCGAUGAAAUUGAGCUGAUUUAUUCUCCUGUAUUGUCAUUGUAAGCUGAUUCUCCUGCAGAAUCUCUUCCUAAUUAAUGAAAUGUUAAACAUCCGUAAGUUGCUAA